AUGGAAGCGGAGCAUGAGUUGGUCCUGGCAUGCGUAAUUUCAGGGACCCUUUUCUCUAUUCUGGGUUCAGCUUCUUUUGUUAUACUCUGGUUGGUGAAUUGGAGGCCCUGGCGCAUUUACAGUUGGAUCUUUGCUAGAAAAUGGCCAGGUUUCGUGAAAGGACCCCAUCUGGGAAUAUUAUGUGGUUUUCUGUCCCUAUUCGCGUGGAUGAUUGUUAUCUCGCCGGUUUUGCUGCUUCUAAUAUGGGGAUGCUGGCUAAUAAUGAUUUUAGGGCGAGAUCUCAUUGGUCUAGCUGUUAUCAUGGCUGGGGUUGCUCUACUUAUGGCAUUCUAUUCCGUUAUGCUCUGGUGGAGAACACAAUGGCAAAGUUCAAGGGCUGUUGCUGUUCUCCUUCUUCUAGCUGUUGGGUUGCUAUGUGCAUAUGAACUUUGUGCAGUCUAUGUUACUGCUGGUGGAAAGGCAUCUGAACGGUAUUCACCUUCUGGGUUCUUCUUUGGUGUCUCGGCAAUUGCUCUAGCUAUCAAUAUGCUCUUCAUCUGUAGAAUGGUUUUUAAUGGAAAUGGUGUAGAUAUUGAUGAAUAUGUGAGAAGGGCAUAUAAAUUUGCUUACUCUGAUUGCAUCGAAGUAGGCCCCAUGGCUUGCUUACCUGAACCACCAGAUCCCAAUGAAUUAUACCCUAAACAAUCUCGAAGGGCUUUACAUCUUGGGCUUCUCUAUUUUGGCUCCCUCCUUGUUCUCUUUGUAUAUUCAAUCUUAUAUGGUCUGACCGCCAAAGAGUCGCACUGGCUUGGAGCAAUUACAUCUGCUGCAGUAAUUAUUCUUGAUUGGAAUGUCGGAACAUGCCUCUAUGGAUUCAAACUCCUCAAAAGUCGUGUUGUUGCACUCUGUGUUGCUGGGACCUCUCGUGUCUUCCUGAUCUGUUUCGGAGUACAUUACUGGUACCUAGGGCACUGUAUCAGCUAUGCCAUUGUGGCAUCUGUGCUACUUGGAGCUGCUGUUUCCCGUCAUUUGUCCAUUACGAAUCCAUCUGCUGCCAGAAGAGAUGCUCUGGAGAGUACUGUGAUCCGCCUCAGAGAAGGAUUCCGUAAAAAGGAAAACAGCUCGUCCAGCUCUUCCGAGGGCAGCGGGUCCAGCGUAAAACGCAGUAGCAGUGCAGAUGCUGGCCACCUUGGUAAUGUUACGGCACCUUGCACUGGUGAGCUCACUAGUUGGAAUAAUGUUGAUGGGACUCCUAGUGAGAAAGGGAUAGAUAGUGGAAGGCCAAGUUUUGUUCUACACAGUGGCUCUUGUCAUUCGGUUGUUCAGGAAACUGAAGCAGGGCCCUCGUUUAUCGAUAAAACCGCCGACCACAAUGGCUGCUUGGUAGCUUGUUCAAGCAGUGGCAUGGAAAGCCAUGGUGGCGACUCUAGUGCAUCUAAUUCCACAAGUCAGGUUCUGGACUUGAAUCUGGCGCUCGCAUUCCAGGAGAAGCUAAGUGAUCCAAGGAUUACAUCUAUCCUGAAAAGAAGAGGGACACAAGGGGAGAUUGAGUUGAUGAACUUGCUGCAGGAUAAAGGGCUCGAUCCCAAUUUUGCCGUGAUGCUGAAGGAGAACGGGCUGGAUCCCAUGAUCCUUGCUUUGCUACAGAGGAGUAGUCUGGAUGCAGAUAGGGACCACCGUGAUAAUACAGACGUGAAUGUGGAGGACUCGACCAACGUUGACAAUAUUCAUCCUAAUCAGAUUUCAUUUUCGGAAGAGCUUAGACUCCGUGGUUUAGAGAAAUGGCUUCAGCUGUGUAGGCUGGUCCUGCACUGUAUAGCUGGUGCUCCUGAGCGGUCGUGGCUUCUCUUCAGUUUUGUGUUUAGCAUAGAGACCACUGUUGUGGCCAUUUUCCGGCCCGGCACAAUUAAUCUGAUAAACACGACACAUCAACAGUUUGAAUUUGGCAUUGCAGUGCUUUUACUAUCUCCCGUGGUUUGGUCCAUAAUGGCGUUCCUUAGGACACUUCAAUCUGAAGAAUUGUCUCUGACUUCCAAACCUAGGAAGUAUGGGUUCAUUGCUUGGUUUGUGAGCACUUCAGUUGGAUUGUUGCUUUCCUUUCUGAGCAAGUCGUCUGUUCUUCUGGGAUUGUCCCUGACAGUACCUCUCAUGGUGGCAUGCCUAUCUGUUGGUAUUCCCAUAUGGAUUCGCAAUGGUUAUAACUUUUGGGCUUUGGGUGGUAGUAAUGCAGCCCAUACUGAGAAUCCUUCUUUUAUAAGGAAGGAGGGCGUUGUUCUUUUCGUUUGCAUUGCUUUGUUUGCUGGCUCUCUUUUAGCUCUUGGUGGAAUCAUAUCUGCAAAUCCUUUGGAUGAUUUACGCUACAAGGGCUUGACUGGCAAUCAGAAAAGUGUUUCAUCUCCAUAUGUGUCAUCCAUUUAUAUUGGCUGGGCAGCGGCUUCUGCAGUUGCAUUAGUAGUUACUGGCGUGCUGCCUAUAGUGUCAUGGUUUGCAACUUAUAGAUUUUCUCUUUCCUCUGCCGUAUGUAUUGGAUUGUUUGCAGCUGUGCUUGUGUCAUUUUGCGGAACAUCAUUUAUGAUGGUUGUGAAUUCAAGAGGCGACCGGACCCCGAUGAAGGCUGACUUUCUUGCGGCUUUGCUUCCGUUGAUUUGCAUGCCCGCAAUAUUGUCACUAUCAUCUGGUUUGCUCAAGUGGAAAGAUGACAACUGGAAGCUUUCUCGAGGCGCUUAUUUAUUUAUGAUCAUUGGCCUGGUUCUGUUGUUCGGGGCAAUUUCAGCAGUUACAGUUAUAAUUGAGCCAUGGGAGAUUGGUGCAGCAUUCUUUUUAGUUGUUCUUCUUUUGGUCCUGGCCAUUGGCGUCAUUCACUACUGGGCUUCGAACAAUUUUUACUUGACGCGGUUUCAGAUGCUAUUUGUUUGUUUCCUUGCGUUACUUCUGGCUCUUGCAGCGUUUAUUGUUGGUUGGCGACUAGAUAUGGCUUUUGUGGGUGCAUCCGUUGGUUACUUCUCGUUUCUUUUCCUGUUGGCUGGAAGGGCCCUAACUGUCCUUCUUUCUCCUCCUAUAGUGGUUUAUUCUCCAAGAGUAUUACCGGUAUACGUUUAUGAUGCUCAUGCAGAUUGUGGGAAAAAUGUCAGUGCUGCAUUCCUUGUGCUUUAUGGUAUUGCACUGGCGAUUGAAGGAUGGGGUGUUGUUGCCAGCUUGAAAAUCUACCCGCCUUUUGCCGGUGCUGCUGUUUCAGCUAUUACGCUUGUUGUGGCCUUUGGCUUUGCCGUGUCACGUUCAUGCUUAACCCUUGAGAUGGUGGAAGAUGCUGUUCACUUCCUCAGUAAGGACACUGUGGUACAAGCAAUCGCUAGAUCUGCAACCAAGACAAGAAAUGCUUUAUCUGGAACAUACUCAGCUCCUCAAAGGUCGGCCAGUUCAGCUGCACUUUUGGUUGGGGACCCAACCAUUGCGCGUGAUAGGGCAGGGAACUUUGUGCUUCCUAGGGCUGAUGUCAUGAAAUUAAGAGACCGUUUGCGAAAUGAAGAGCUGGCUGCAGGAUCACUUUUCUCCCGAUUGGGAGAUUGGAGAGUAUUACGGAAGGAAAUCACGGGUGAUUUAGGCCACAGAAGAGAAAUGUGUGCCCAUGCCCGAAUUCUUGCCCUCGAAGAAGCUAUUGACACCGAGUGGGUAUAUAUGUGGGAUAAGUUUGGUGGUUAUUUGCUUCUUUUGCUUGGUUUGACCGCCAAGGCCGAAAGGGUGCAGGAUGAGGUUAGGUUGAGACUCUUCUUGGAUAGCAUAGGUUUUGCUGAUCUAAGUGCAAAGAAAAUCAAGAAGUGGAUGCCUGAAGACCGCAGACAGUUUGAAAUCAUACAGGAGAGCUAUAUACGAGAGAAGGAGAUGGAAGAGGAAGCUCUGAUGCAGAGACGUGAAGAGGAAGGUAGAGGCAAAGAGAGGAGAAAAGCUCUUCUAGAGAAGGAGGAACGCAAGUGGAAGGAAAUUGAGUCAUCUCUCAUAUCAUCCAUCCCAAAUGCUGGCAGCCGGGAGGCAACCGCCAUGGCAGCCGCUGUCCGUGCAGUUGGAGGUGAUUCCGUACUCGAUGAUUCGUUUGCACGCGAGAGAGUAUCCAACAUUGCUCGUAGGAUUCGUGCGACUCAAUUGUCUCAAAGAGCACUGCAGACUGGACUUGCUGGUGCUGUAUGUGUUCUUGAUGAUGAGCCGACUACAAGUGGCAGGCACUGUGGCCAGAUUGACCCUAGUUUAUGCCAGAGCCAAAAGGUCAGCUUCUCGGUUGCUGUGUUGAUCCAACCCGACUCUGGCCCAGUCUGUCUCUUGGGCACUGAAUUUCAGCGAAAAGUCUGCUGGGAAAUUCUGGUGGCUGGUUCUGAACAAGGUAUUGAAUCAGGACAAGUUGGUCUCCGUUUAAUAACAAAAGGGGAUAGGCAGACUACUGUUGCAAAGGAGUGGAGUAUAAGUUCGUCAUGUGUUGCUGAUGGAAGGUGGCAUGUUAUUACGAUGACUAUUGAUGCCGAUUUAGGUGAAGCGACUUGCUUUGUUGAUGGGGUUUAUGAUGGCUACCAGACGGGACUCCCGCUCAAUGUGGGCCAUGGUAUAUGGGAACAGGGCACGGAAGUUUGGAUUGGUGUGAGGCCCCCAAUGGAUCUGGACGCAUUUGGGAGGUCGGAUAGCGAGGUCAACGAGCCAAAGAUGCACGUGAUGGAUGUUUUCUUCUGGGGAAGGUGUUUGAAUGAAGACGAAAUUGCUACUCUUCCAUCUGCCGUUGGCCCUGGGGAUUGCGAUUUGAUGGACUAUACUGAUGACAACUGGCAGUGGGAAGAUUCUCCCCCUAGGGUCGAGGACUGGGAAAGCGACCCUGCUGAGGUUGAUCUGUACGACAGGGACGAGGUAGACUGGGAUGGACAGUAUUCAAGUGGGCGGAAAAGGAGAUCGGACCGGGAAGGGGUUAUUCUGGACGUAGAUUCCUUCACGAAAAGGUUGAGGAAACCUAGGAUGGAGACUCAGGAAGAAAUCAACCAACGCAUGCGUUCGGUUGAGUUAGCUGUUAAGGAAGCUCUCUUGGCAAGGGGGGAGCUGCAUUUUACCGAUCAGGAGUUCCCACCCAGUGACCGCUCUUUGUUUGUUGAUCCCGACAACCCACCAUUUAAGUUGCAGGUUGUUUCUCAAUGGAUGAGACCGGAUGAAAUAGUUAAAGAGAAGCAUCUGAGUUCUGGUCCAUGUUUAUUUUCGGGGACUGCAAAUCCUUCUGAUGUUUGUCAGGGCCGGUUGGGCGAUUGUUGGUUUUUGAGUGCGGUUGCUGUGCUGACUGAGGUGUCACGAGUAUCCGAAGUCAUUAUAACUCCAGAUUACAAUGAGGAAGGAAUUUAUACAGUUCGGUUUUGCAUUCAGGGCGAAUGGGUUCCUGUUGUUGUUGAUGAUUGGAUCCCGUGCGAGUCACCUGGCAAACCUGCAUUUGCAACCAGCAAAAAGGGAAAUGAAUUAUGGGUCUCUAUACUCGAAAAGGCAUACGCCAAGCUUCACGGGUCGUAUGAAGCAUUGGAAGGUGGGCUUGUGCAAGAUGCUCUAGUUGACCUAACUGGAGGUGCGGGUGAGGAGAUUGACAUGAGAAGUGCUCAGUCCCAGAUCGAUCUUGCUAGUGGAAGACUCUGGUCCCAACUAUUGCGUUUUAAACAAGAAGGCUUCUUGCUCGGUGCUGGUAGUCCAUCGGGAUCGGAUGUGCAUGUCUCGUCUUCUGGUAUCGUGCAAGGCCAUGCUUACUCGAUAUUGCAGGUACGCGAAGUAGAUGGACAUAAACUUGUUCAGAUCAGAAACCCUUGGGCAAAUGAGGUUGAGUGGAACGGGCCUUGGUCUGAUUCAUCACCCGAGUGGACGGAUAGGAUGAAGCACAAACUGAAGCACACACCUCAAGCGAAAGACGGUAUCUUCUGGAUGUCGUGGCAGGAUUUCCAAAUACAUUUCAGGUCGAUAUACGUAUGCCGUGUCUACCCACCAGAAAUGCGUUAUUCCAUUCACAGUCAGUGGCGUGGAUACAGUGCCGGGGGAUGUCAAGACUAUGAGACUUGGCAUCAGAACCCACAAUUUCGACUUAGAGCCAAUGGCCCUGAUGCAUCAUUACCCAUUCACGUGUUCAUUACCUUAACUCAGGGUGUGAGGUUCUCAAGAACAACAGCUGGGUUCCGAAAUUACCAGUCGAGCCACGAUUCAAUGAUGUUCUACAUAGGCAUGAGGAUCCUCAAGACGCGGGGCCGCCGUGCGGCCUACAACAUCUACCUUCACGAGUCGGUAGGUGGGACCGACUAUGUAAACUCCCGUGAAAUAUCGUGCGAGAUGGUCCUCGAUCCUGAUCCUAAAGGUUAUACCAUAGUACCUACCACGAUCCACCCAGGGGAGGAGGCCCCUUUUGUUCUCUCUGUCUUCACCAAGUCGUCUGUUACCCUCGAGGCUUUAUAG